AGAAGCCUAAUUUUACCAUAGAAUUAGACCAUUCCACUAGCACACUAUAUAUUUGUAACUUUCAAGUUCAUACGAUUACCUAAUAAGUUUGCUGAACCUCCAUUUCUUCUCCCUAUAAAUAGCUGCGAAGUGAUCCAUUUUAUCUCCAUCAAAACCAUUCAUAUUUUUUCACUUCUUCUCCAUUCAACACUACGCCUUUAAUUAGCCUAUUUAGCUUGAUUCAACUUAAUUUCUAUCUAGUGAUCUCUCCACAAAAUGAAGUCCCUUCACACCCUCUUCAUUCUGCUGACCAUGCUUAUUGUGCCUUUGGUCAUUGCUGCUGAUUCACAAACACCACACAAAGAAUCACAAUUCUUCACUUCUGUUAAAAAUCACAGUGCAACAAAGAUCCCUAAAAGUGAAGCAUCAGCUGCCUCUCUACGAGGCGGCUUCGAUGGGCGCCAUUAUAAGUACGGGCAGGGGAUCAUGACUUGUGAUAAAUACCCGAGAGUUUGCCGUGUAAAGGGUAGCCCAGGGCCUGAUUGUUGUUCGAAGAAAUGUGUGAAUGUUUCAACAGACAGAAACAACUGUGGUUGGUGUGGAAACAGAUGCAGGUACUCGCAGAUAUGUUGCAGGGGUAAGUGUGUGAAUCCUCUGUUUGACAAGAACCAUUGUGGAAGAUGUGGCAACAAGUGCAAGAAAGGUGAUUCAUGCGCUUAUGGGAUGUGCAGCUAUGCAUGAAUCAUAAAGGUCAACCAGCCACUCCAAAAGAAU